AUGCGGCUUCAUUUGGUGAUCUCAGUGUUCGCGCUUGCGUUAAUCAGCAUCACUUUGCCAGCAGAAGGCAAACGUGUAUCCUUAGUUCCCCUUUCGGCUAGUGAAGUGUAUCGCUUGCUGCGUGAGGCGGGCCGCGAAGAUGCAGUGCCCGAGGGACGCGUGGUCACGCAGGGUAUAGCCGCGGUAUCCGGUUUUGCCGUUGGACUGGCUAAGGGCAUUGGUGGUUCAUUGCUUGUAGACUUGGCUACUAAUCUCUUAGCAACAAAUGGUCAGAACCAAGCCGGGCAAGCUGAAGAAGUCUGCUUCAAUAGUCGCAGUUUGAAUGAGAUCAACGAUAAUGAUGAUGAGGACCCCGAAGGAAGAAAAAAUGAUGGCGAUGAAAUUAUAUCGGCCGAUUAUUCAGAUUAUGAUAAUUAUAAUCCGGAGAGGAGCGAGGUUUCCUCGCCAUCUGCAACCAACAAUGACAGGGACUACGGCGAUGACGAAGACGUCAACAAUGGAGACGAAACCAAGAGCGGCACCGUCUCAAGUACAGCAACGGGCACGGGUGAUUCGAUAAAUUGUGUGGUGGUACGGCAGUGAACUCGCGCUAUGUUGGG